CCUGGCUAAAUCAAUGGCUUGACAUACGUUGAUAUGAUCUGAUGCAUCUAUGUGUGCCUUUCCUGCAGCUGUUUGACCGUGUGAGGGAGGACAACCCAGACUUCCACCAGAAGAUAGUUCCUAUCAGCAGUGAGUUGACACAGCCUGGCCUGGCCAUCAGUCCUGAGGACGUAGAGAGACUGACCUCCUGCAUCAACAUCGUCUUCCACUGUGCUGCCACCAUCCGCUUCGACGAACCCCUCAAGUGAGGACCACAGCCCCUACACACACACAUUAACUAUCCCUCUAUCCCUAGCUAUCAUGCUAACUCACUACUUUAUCAACUCAACAAAUCAAAUCAGUUUGAUUCUAUAUAAAUGCAUGGACGUAGCUUGUGUCUGACACAGAGAGAGGUACAAAGACAUAGAGAUCCUUUUAGUAAUUAAUUAAGUAUUCUAAAUCCCAAUUCUAUGUACAAAGGCACAGUAGACCGUCUCUAGUUCAGAGGAAUUCAGCCGGUAUUGGGGCCAUGGUAGUCUUUGGAUGUUUCACUCGGGUCUGGUUUAUGGGGUCGGCGGGUUUUGCUUUGUCAUUGUCCCAAGUACCAGGAAGUGUCCAUUGCCCAGGGACUCCCUACAGGAAGUGAUGUUUGGUUGAUAGUAUGGACUGUUUGUGUUCUGGUGUUGACCAAUGGGAAAGCUGAUACUGUACAUCUAGAGUAUGAUGACGGUUGAGAAACACAACGGAGAUUCCACGAUAAUACACUUUAUUUGUGUAGUGUCUGUCAAGCAACAUUGUUUACUUAAAAUGGUUGACAGACGUUAAACAUAUUAAAUAAAAUCCAUUACAAUGAUGUUGAGAGGAGAAAGACAUAGAGUACUGUAACAUUUAAUUUAUAAUAAGGAUUUAGAAACUGUUUAAAUUUUCAAUAUUCCACAUGGUUUCAUCAUCUCACGUAGUAGACAGUGCAUCAACGUUCCAUGUGGUGAGAGAGAGACAGACAGAGAGAGAGCUGUAUCCAGGGAGUCUGCAGGUAGCUAGCCGUAUGGGGGAGAGGGAUGUCUUUAGAUGUCUCCCUUACUCAGUGAGGAAGCAGGAAUGAGGUGUUCAGAGGGAUUAUUAAAACAUAAAAGAGCUCUGUGUCUGUCUGUCUGUCUCAGUGUAUUCUCACGAGCCUUCAUCAUACUGUUAAAUAUAUCUGUCUGGGUGUCUGUGUGGCUGCUGGGAACAGAUCCCUUUGAGUAGGACAGACAGGACAGCCUUAAGGGAUGAUAUGCCAUCAGAGAGGUGAAAGGAGGUGUGGGGAGGCAGGACAUUAGCCAUGACUGACAGCUCAAUUAGGGAAAAGCUGUGAGAUUGUUCUCUGAACAGCAUCAUAACUCUCUUCUCUUCCCUCUUUCACUUUGUCUUUCUCUUUUCACCCCUGCCUCUACAUCCCUUCCUCUGUAUUUCUCCCUCUCUCCCCUGUUCUCUCUCACUUUCUCUCUCCCUCUCUCGUUUUGACACACAAGGUUGUUACCCUGUCUCCCGGGAAACAAAGUUGCCAGGGAGUGUUGGAGCAUAAUCAGACAACAGUUUAAUCACAGGGACCUAGACCACAGCUCUUCAGAUAGUGCCCUAGACAAGCCUAGCACUGAAGCAGUGAUAAACACAAUAGCCACCAUAGCCGCUAGGCUACAGUAUAUCUAGCACCCUAAUGAAGAAUUCAUUAAUGACAGCGGCUUGGAGCAGUGAGGAACACAUAGUUAGGAGCAGUCCCACAGUCACAGUGGUGUUCUAGGCUCUAUAACAGUUCUCAAACGGUGGUACGGCCUACUACUACUACCACUCUCAUCCCCAUGUGACAGGCCACUGCCGCUGACUGUCACAACUGCCUUCCCGGCACUGCCAUUAAUGGCCAACCGCUGCCAAACCACAUCUGACAUCUGCACUCACAUAAACACACACAUACACCGUCCACACUGCCUGACUGUGGCUGAGAAGCACUAUCUCUCUGUAGACUGGCUGAGAGGUGAGCUAGAGUCCUGCCUGUUUAGGAAGCAGUGUCAAUAAGAGUUGCCAGAGUUUGAUAUGGCUUUUUGAAAGGGUAGAUGGAUAGAUACAGGUGUGGUUUGUAUGGAGUAAAGAGAAAAUUGAUGCAAAUGUUUAUUCCGGGAAUGGAAGCACAUUGCUGGAAUGAUGUGUAAGGAUAAAAGGGUGUGAGUAUGUUUGGUCUCUCUCUCUCCCUUCCUCCUUCUCUCUCUGUCGGCCUCUCUCUCUUUGUCUCUCUGUCUGUCUCUCUCGGUCUCUCUGCGUCUCUCUGUCGGUCUCUCUCUCUCUGUCUCUGUCUCUCUGUCUCACACUUCUCUCCUUGUGAUGAUAUUAUGAGAAUGCAUAGUGUGCUUAUGCUGCUUAGUAUACUUAUGCACAGUGAUCACUAACCUAGUCCUGCUGUGUGUGUAUUUCCUCUCUUCCCAGACACGCCCUGCAGCUGAACGUUAUGGCCACGCAGCAGCUCCUGUGUCUGGCCCAGCAGAUGCACCACCUCCAGGCCUUCAUCCACAUCUCCACAGCCUACGCCAACUGCAACCGCAGGCACAUCGACGAGAUCAUCUACCCACCGCCUGUAGAGCCCAAGAAGCUCAUCGACUCCCUGGAGUGAGUAGUGUGAAGUCUACUUUCUGCAUCAGAGUUUGGGGUGGGGCUGCUGCUAUUACGAAUCCAUCUAUUCAGGAAGUGAUUUCAAUUGCAAAUUUCAUGCAUUGAAAAUAUGCUCAGUGAAGAUAAAUGGCACUUAGGCCUAGAUUCAAUCAGAUCAAGCGUUAACCGGCGAUAGCCAACACCUGCAUAGCUGAUGUUUUGGUGGUGUUGGAGGUGGAACUACGUUGGAGCUGUCAAAUCGGUGAGCAGCUGCUCUUGUGAUCAUUGUCACGAAGCCACACCGGUCCCACUCACGUUAGAAGUUCAACAUUUGAAAAUGUCCACAUUAGGUAUAACGCCUGGUGCCGCUUGUGGAUUUGACAGCUCUAACACAGUUCCACCUCCAACACCACCAAAACAACCGCUAUGUGGGUGUCUGUCACCAUUCUCUAAAGCAGAACCCAGAAGCAGACCAGGACAAGGUGAGUUGAAUGAAGGUGAGUAUUUAUUUAAAGACUUAAAUGUGGAAGCAGGAGAAUCCAGGUGACGGAGCUGGCAGUGGAGGUGAGUUGGUGGGAGUGAAUGGGCAGAUCCAAUGAUGUCUCUGAAGCCACAGACAACCAGGCAGCGGUGGAGUGAAUGUUCCGGGAGAGUAACUGUAGACAGAGUAAACGAAGGUGAGUUCACAGCAAGCAAAAAGUACAGAACAGCAAAACUAACUCUUAGUAAUCUGAGGCUGAUACGCAGGCACAACAUACUGUUCAUGGCUAACGAUCUGGCAGGGAAUGGAUGUCAGGUCAGAGCUUAUGAAGUGGAGAGGUGAUGAUCAGAACCAGGUGUGCAGAUAGCUGAUGAGAUGCAGGUGCGGGUAAAGGAGAGAUCUCCCACCUUGGUUCGUUGCCCGGCAACCAGACAGGGUGCGGUCAGGAAACUCAGGAAAAAACAACUCCAGGACAAAAACAGGCAACAGAUAGAAACCGACUCAGGAAGCGGGAUUCAUGACAGUGUCGGCUACCACAGAUCUGAUAUAAUUUAGCCCUUAGUUAGAUAAAUGACAGUAUAUUUAUUGAAUUUCAAUUCAUCUCCUGAAUUAACUGAUUGAAAUGGAAUUGAACUGAACCAAGGGUGCUGUCAAGUCCACACCGCCUCGUGCCAUUUCCAACUAAUGAUUGAUUAUAAAUACCCUCACAGACAGCUAUCAGAAUGAAUGAUGUUUCAUCUAUCAACACAAAAUGCCAACUUUACUUCAAUCCUGGCAUGUGUCCUGUACCAUUGUGAUGUGAGUCUAAUUGUGAGUGUUCUCUUGUGUCUGUGACUGCAGGUGGAUGGAGGACAGCAUCGUCCGUGACAUCACGCCUCGCCUUAUCGGGGACCGCCCCAACACCUACACCUACACCAAAGCCCUGGCAGAGUGCGUGGUCCAGAAGGAGAGCGGCAAGCUCAGCAUCGGCAUCAUCAGACCCUCCAUAGUGGGAGCCAGCUGGCAGGAGCCUUUCCCUGUGAGUACCAUUACCAUAGAGAUACAGUAUGAUAUACAUGUCAUUCUAUGGGACUUCAUUACUCUACUGGACCUUGGCACUGGAUAGCUGGCAGCAAUAGAGUCAAUAGAUGAUCAAUAGAUACAGUGGGGGAAAAAAAGUAUUUAGUCAGCCACCAAUUGUGCAAGUUCUCCCACUUAAAAAGAUGAGAGAGGCCUGUAAUUUUCAUCAUAGGUACACGUCAACUAUGACAGACAAAAUGAGAAAAAGAAAUCCAGAAAAUCACAUUGUAGGAUUUUUAAUGAAUUUAUUUGCAAAUUAUGGUGGAAAAUAAGUAUUUGGUCAAUAACAAAAGUUUCUCAACACUUUGUUAUAUACCCUUUGUUGGCAAUGACACAGGUCAAACGUUUUCUGUAAGUCUUCACAAGGUUUUCACACACUGUUGCUGUUAUUUUGGCCCAUUCCUCCAUGCAGAUCUCCUCUAGAGCAGUGAUGUUUUGGGGCUGUCGCUGGGCAACACAGACUUUCAACUCCCUCCAAAGAUUUUCUAUGGGGUUGAGAUCUGGAGACUGGCUAGGCCACUCCAGGACCUUGAAAUGCUUCUUACGAAGCCACUCCUUCGUUGCCCGGGCUGAUGGAAGGAGGUUUUCACUCAAAAUCUCACGAUACAUGGCCCCAUUCAUUCUUUCCUUUACACGGAUCAGUCGUCCUGGUCCCUUUGCAGAAAAACAGCCCCAAAGCAUGAUGUUUCCACCCCCAUGCUUCACAGUAGGUAUGGUGUUCUUUGGAUGCAACUCAGCAUUCUUUGUCCUCCAAACACGACGAGUUGAGUUUUUAACCAAAAAGUUCUAUUUUGGUUUCAUCUGACCAUAUGACAUUCUCCCAAUCCUCUUCUGGAUCAUACAAAUGCACUCUAGCAAACUUCAGACGGGCCUGGACAUGUACUGGCUUAAGCAGGGGGACACGUCUGGCACUGCAGGAUUUGAGUCCCUGGCGGCGUAGUGUGUUACUGAUGGUAGGCUUUGUUACUUUGGUCCCAGCUCUCUGCAGGUCAUUCACUAGGUCUCCCCGUGUGGUUCUGGGAUUUUUGCUCACCGUUCUUGUGAUCAUUUUGACCCCACGGGGUGAGAUCUUGCGUGGAGCCCAGAUCGAGGGAGAUUAUCAGUGGUCUUGUAUGUCUUCCAUUUCCUAAUAAUUGCUCCCACAGUUGAUUUCUUCAAACCAAGCUGCUUACCUAUUGCAGAUUCAGUCUUCCCAGCCUGGUGCAGGUCUACAAUUUUGGUUUCUGGUGUCCUUUGACAGCUCUUUGGUCUUGGCCAUAGUGGAGUUUGGAGUGUGACUGUUUGAGGUUGUGGACAGGUGUCUUUUAUACUGAUAACAAGUUCAAACAGGUGCCACAACAGGUAACGAGUGGAGGACAGAGGAGCCUCUUAAAGAAGAAGUUACAGGUCUGUGAGAACCAGAAAUCUUGCUUGUUUGUAGGUGACCAAAUACUUAUUUUCCACCAUAAUUUGCAAAUAAAUUCAUUAAAAAUCCUACAAUGUGAUUUUCUGGAUAACAAAAAUCUCAAUUUGUCUGUCAUAGUUGACGUGUACCUAUGAUGAAAAUUACAGGCCUCUCUCAUCUUGUUAAGUGGGAGAACUUACACAAUUGAUGGCUGACUAAAUACUUUUUUUCCCCCACUGUACAUGGAUCACAUUCUGUAUGUAGUCUGUGGACGUUAAACAGUGUAUUGACUGGUCAGCAAGAUAAGUGUAUCAGAAGAAGUGUGAUUGGCUCAGCCACUUGCCUGGUGGGAAAUAUAUCACAAUUUAUAAAAAUCUAUGUAGCACUUUCACUGUGAUGAUGGUAAAAGGGCUCAGUCAGAAUCCUGCAAAUUCUCACACCAUCAUGUCCUGCUGUGGUGGCAAAUGGAUGGGAAUUAGUGGUUGAUCACUGUAAUAGUACACUGGUCAAAAUAUCUCCCCUGUAUACAGUCAGACAUAACCCUCCCAUUGUCCUAGGGUCAAAAUGACCCGCCACUGUGUUGAACCAACUUUAUUUAAUUUUUAUAUUUUUGGGAUCAUUUGUGAGAAGGAGGCAGUGAGACUUUAAAGAAAGUAUCACUGCCUCCUUCUCACAAAUGAUCCAAAAAACACAGUGGCGGGUCAUUUAGACCCUAGGACAACGGGAGGGUUAAAGGGGGAUUGGGUGUGUAGUGCUGAGUAAGGGUUGUAUUAGGGUUGGACCAGGACAGGUGUGUUCCUAUGGUUCGGAAGGUCCGGUUGGGCUGGAUUCCGGGGCUGCGAAGAGGAGCAUCCCUGACCCCAACAGCUGGAUAGGCAAUGUGAGGGGGGCAAGGAAGGGGCAAAGGGGCAAGGGAGGGGGUACUGGAGGGAGGGGGACUGCCAGUGCUGAAACCGGAGAGCCCCUGAGUGUCUGCUACUAGAUAGAAGGUCACUGAAAGCACCUGUAGGUUCAUGGAAAGGCUGCUCCGAAAGUUCAGUAGGUGCAGUAAUCAAUCAAUCAAUCAAAUGUAUUUUAUAAAGCCCUUUUGACAUCAACAGUUGCCCCUAGAAAGGCAGGAACCUAGGAAGAAACCUAGCUGGGAACCAGGUUUCCGAUGGGUGACCAGUCCUCUUCUGGAUGUGCAGGGUGAUGGUACUUUCAUGAGUAAGCUGCUUUUUAUUUUAUAAUCUGUCCAGCUGCUGUAGUGUAAGCUAACAUCUUAGCAUAAGGAUUCCACAGGGUUAAGUAUUUUAAUCUCACUUAGCAUAGCGGCAGAUGAAUAUAUUAAAGCGUUGAAUAAAUAGAGACUUUAUUGCUGCUUAAAAUUUUGGAGGAGCAAUGGGAGGAUGUUGUUCAACAUUUAAUCAUUUUGGUGAUAUAAUAUUCUUCAUAGUUCUUUCCCCCAAAUUCAAGUGACAUGCUUGCUUUAUUUUCCUACAGGAAUAUUAUUUGAAUGUCUAAGGCUCCAUGAAUUCACACAGGAAGACACCAAAACAAUUGUACUCUGUCAGAGUUUUCAAUAGAGUAUAAUACACUUUUAUAAUGCACUAAAAAGUAUAUUCACAGAGAACUACUAUUUAGCCCAGGGCUGUAUUUAGUUUUCUGGGGCUGAAACGUUUGAACAGUGCAGGAUCCAGAGCCAGUAGAUGUGUAAGUGGGGUCGGGCCUGGCCUGGCGGCGAAAACAGCCAAAAGAUCACGCUUUACCAGUUUAUUGCCCUGGCAGCUCGAGCCAGUGGGAGCGACGAGACAAGGGAGGAGGGUGUAUGUGUGUGUGUGAGAUUUACUUCAAUCUCCAUGUCCUCAGAACUACAUUAAGUGUUAAAAUGUCACAGGCAAUCCCCCAAUGGGGGUCAAAGAUUUAUCCCUGCAAAAAUUGGCUCUGAGACGAUGUGAUAAGGACUCUUGUCUGUCUGACUGACUGACUGACUGACUGUCUGCAUGUCUGUCUGCACCAGACCAUGUAGCCUUACCCUGUAGGGACAAGCCACAGACAGACCCACACAAAUAAGCCCAGUCUAUUACCAAUGUAUUACCGGGGGGCUAAUUGAUGUGGACACUGUGUUACUCUCCCUGCCUCAGUCUCACUCUCCAUAGGUAACUAGCUAGCCUAGCACACCACUGGAAUGCUAACUCAGCAGAUACACAACAAUCUAAUUGAUGUUGCUGUUAGGAGGCUAUCUUUAACUUGAUGACGUUGCAGCAAUGUUAUAGCGGUGCUUGAAGCUAGAAUCCUUAAUUGAAACUGUAACAAAGCGGACACCCCGGCUGUGUUUCGGUAAAAAACUGAGGGAUGGGCCUGGAGAAAUGUAACCACUCUCAAAUUCAUAGACAGAGCUAUGGAAGCAAGGAAUGACCAUCCAUGAUAUCAAAAUUAUAGUUUUAACCACGUUUUGAGGCUAUACAGUGUUUGUUUACAUUUACAUUGUUUACGAACAUUGGAGUAAAACAAGCUUGUAUUUUGGGUUCUAAUGGGGUACGACAGUUGAACUAAGCUCAUGAGGCAUGUAUAAGUUAUAUUCUUCAAGAAUCAAUGGGUAUAUAUCAUUAAUUUAUAAGUCCAAAAAUGGAUGUAGCAACUAAGAAUUCAAGCUUUAAGGGGGUACUUAGGGUUCUCUUUCAUCUACGGCUCUAUUCAAUCUGCAUCGCUGAAGCGUUACAGAUUGCGCAAUAUACAUUUGAAAGUAAUUUCCGAUUGAGCCGAGAUAUGCAGCGUUUACCUCGAAUGCAGUGUCCGCUAACACGGGAACAUUGCCUUUUAAUUUCAAUAACGCUGUAACGCUGAAGUACCUCAAUACGGAUUGAAUAGAGCCCCUAAUCUCUCAUUACACUAAUGCAUUCCCUCCCUCUUCAUUCGUCUCAGGGCUGGAUCGACAACUUCAAUGGACCAAGCGGAGUCUUCAUCGCUGUAAGUACCAGCAUCUGCUUAUUAGUUGUAUUUUUCAUAUACUAAGUUUGCUCAUUUUGAUGCCACUAGUGUAAAAUGAGAUGUUGUGGUAACCCUGUGUCCUGUCUGGUCAGGCGGGGAAGGGCAUCCUGCGCACCAUGAGAGCCAACAAUGAUGCGGUGGCUGACCUCAUCCCCGUCGACGUGGUCAUCAACCUGACCCUGGCCGCUGGCUGGUACACGGCAGUGCACAGGUUAACUUUCCCCCCAGGUGGAAUAUGGUUUGACCAAUGACUGUAUGGUUUAACCCACACAAACAGACACCCCCCAUAUUGACCUGCAGGAAGACCUCCUGUAAACAUACCUUAGCCCAGUUUGUUCGAACACACAUUCAGCUCUACACCAUUUACUGAUGAGGAAGCCCAGUGUUUUCAAUUGAUGUGAUUUGUGUUUGUGGGCUCAUUUUAUAGAUGUGUCCUAAUGAACCCUCCCCUUUGAUCCCUUAAACCUUUGACCCCAUCUCACUACUCCCUUGCAGACCCAAAACAGCUCUGGUCUACAACUGCACAACGGGCGGCAUCAACCCUUUCCACUGGGGAGAGAUCGGUAGGUAUCUGUCUGUCUGUCUUUAUGCAUGUUACGGUGACAUCCUCAAUGCUUGCUCAUCUGCCACUGUGGCUUCCCUCAUCAUAAAUCAAUGUACUUCAGUAGUUGAAAUCUUGAUGGUUAUGGUGUUGUGACUGUGAAACUAUGCAUCAUACAUUCCCACGGGGGAUAUGAAACUGUAGGUUGUCUGUCAGUCCUGGUUCUCCUAAAUCAGUUGUAAUGGUGUGUCAGUGAGAAGCAGGUGGAUAAAUGAUCUGUUUCAUAAUUGGAUGCCCAGGGAUUUUACAGUGACGAGGGUCUACUGCCACCUUCUGGCAGCUAGUAGAACAUUACAUCUGAACCCCACACUGUUUACAUCUGUUUGACCUCCACUGUGGAUCUGCCCAAAUGACAACUCCAAUCAGCAGUAAAGCACAGAUGCCCAUACAAUAACAAUUAGAGGCAAAGUGUCAUCAUGAAAUUGUCACCCUCGCAACUGCUUCCCUCCAGCCUUUUGAUUGUGGUGACGGCUCCCCUCCCGGCCCGUCAUCUACAGUACAUCCCAGCGGACCACUGAGAUGAAAAGGAAGCAUGCGGGCCGGGUACCAGGCAGGCUCAGAUUAAGCGCGGUAGCAGGUGACAGCCAGGGUCCCUCUGCUCUCAGAUUAGUGAAUCUGCUCCUUUCACCCUGGGAAAUUGCCACCAGAUGGCUGGCAGUGGGAUUAGGGCUCAUCACUCCGCCUCGCUGUUAUAGAACUGGGAUAGCGGGCACUAAUCUACCGGCCCACGUAAGAGCUAAGAAUCAAGCUAAUCAAACUGGGUCUGGGGUGCCGCUGCUUAGGGAAGUUGGAGGUUUGCUGACUUGAUAUGUUAUCAACAUUCUGGUAUCUUAAUUGGUUUUCCUCGCCUCCUCUCCUCACCUCGUUUUGAAAAAGGUCAAGAUAAUUGAGGAGCGGCGGUAAGGAUAGGGAUCGUGGAGGGAAUUGCGCUUGCAAGAAAUGAGACGGUCCUUCACUCGCUCGUCAUCAGGCAAAUUAAGUUUACAGAGGAGGAAUCCCAAAAUACAUGUGUAAAGUGAUAAAAACGAAUAUAGCUAGUUGUGCAAUAGAUGCUAUAGAUAAAAGGAUAAGUAGAGUAUCGUUUUAAAUGUGUGCAUGGUUUUCUCCUUCGAGAAAACAACAGCUGAUUCAAAGGGGGUGUGGCGGAUGUUAAAACACUUCCGUGGUAGCAGCCGGGAGGAAGCACAUGAGUAUGCUCGGCGAGAGGAGGCUAUCGAGGAGUGGAUGAUACUCCUCUAUUAGCUUACUAACUAAUUGCCACUGUGUGACCACAUGACCACUUAUCGGUUUCCGAGUCACUGAGGAGAGGAGGACGGAGGAGUCGAGGAGAGGACAGACUUUUGUCCAAUUGAGAAUCUCCCAAGGAAUCGAGGAAGGAGCCUGGAAUUGAGAAAGAGCCUUGGAAUACUGCUCAGGAGUUUUCCUCAUUCAGGCUGGGAUUCAAUCCAAGGCUUGUUAUAGAGCACUAGACAGCCGACAAUGUACCCUUUAAAGGCACCAUGAAUUGAUCCCCGGCCUCAAUCUUGUUCUGAGGGAAGCUCCACUUUCUAGGGCAGAACUAAUGUGAUUGGUUGGAUGACAAGUCAGUGGGUGGAGUUUACAGACGAGAGUCAAAUAAAAUAAACACUUUUAGGGAGGUAGGUUGGAUAUGGAUGGAGGGCGUUCAACAUGGAUUUUGACCCAAAAAGUUUGAAUCCUGGUUGUGACUUUUGUUUUCCUUACCCAACGUUUUUAACUAAUUACAUUUCUAAUCUAUUAACUUUGUUUGUUUACUUUGACUGAACAGCAUUAAAUAUGUGAAAAAACAAGCACGCUGCCAUCCCCCCUACUAGCGCAGUGGACUAUUUUAUUUUUUUAUUUUAUUAUUAUUUUUUAUUUCACCUCCUCUCGCCGACUAGGCACUGGGAUAGGGAACAGGAGGUCACAUGUUCUAAUCUUGUUGAUGCCCUUUUCCAAAGAUACAUACACUACCAUUCAAAAGUUUGGGGUCACUUAGAAAUGUCCUUGUUUUCCAUGAAAACAUACAUGAAAUUAGUUUGAAUAGGAAAUAUAGCAAAAUGCAUAGCAAAUGUAGUCAUUGACAAGGUUAAAAAUAAUGAUUUUUAAUUUAAAUAAUAAUUGUGUCCUUCAAACUUUGCUUUCGUCAAAGAAUCCUCCAUUUGGAGCCAUUACAGCCUUGCAGACCUUUGGCAUUCUAGUUGUCAAUUUGUUGAGGUAAUCUGAAGAGAUUUCACCCCAUGCUUCCUGAAGCACCUACCACAAGUUGGAUUGGCUUGAUGGGCACUUCUUACGUACCAUACGGUCAAGCUGCUCCCACAACAGCUCAGUAGGGUUGAGAUCCGGUGCCUGUGCUGGCCACUCCAUUAUAGACAGAAUACCAGCUGACUGCUUCUUCCCUAAAUAGUUAUUGCAUAGUUUGUAGCUGUGCUUUGGGUCAUUGUCCUGUUGUAGGAGGAAAUUGGCUCCAAUAAAGCGCUGUCCAAAGGGUAUGGCAUGGCGUUGCAAAAUGGAGUGAUAGCCUUCCUUCUUCAAGAUCCCUUUUACCCUGUACAGAUCUACCACUUUACCACCACCAAAGCACCCCCAGACCAUCACAUUGCCUCCACCAUGCUUGACAGAUCAAGCACUCCUCCAGCAUCUUUUCAUUUGGUCUGCGUCUCACAAAUGUUAUUCUUUGUGAUCCGAACACCUCAAACUUCGUUUUGUCUGUCCAUAACACUUUUUUCCAAUCUUCCUCUGUCCAGUGUCUGUGUUCUUUUACCCAUCUUAAUCUUUUAUUUUUAUUGGCCAGUCUGAGAUAUGGCUUUUUCUUUGCAACUAUGCCUAGAAGGUCAGCAUCCCGGAGUCGCCUCUUCACUGUUGACGUUGAGACUGGUGUUUUGCGGGUACUAUUUAAUGAAGCUGCCAGUUGAGGACCUGUGAGGCGUCUGUUUCUCAAACUAGACACUCUAAUGUAUUUGUCCUCUUGCUCAGAUGUGCACCGGGCCUUUCUUGGCAAUUUCUCGCAUGGAAUAGCCUUCAUUUCUCAGCACAAGAAUAGACUGACAUGUUUUAGAAGAAAGUUAUUUGUUUCUGGACAUUUUGAGCCUGUAAUCGAACCUACAAUUGCUGAUGCUCCAGAUAAUCAACUAGUCUCAAGAAGGCCAGUUUUAUUGCUUCUUUAAAUCAGCACAACAGUUUUCAGCUGUACUAACAUAAUUGCAAAAGGGUUUUCUAAUGAUCAAUUAGCCUUUUAAAAUGAUAAACUUGGAUUAGCAAACACAACGUGCCAUUGGAACACAGGACUGAUGGUUGCUGAUAAUGGGCCUCUGUACGCCUAUGUAGAUAUUCCAUUAAAAAUCUGCCGUUUCCAGCUACAAUAGCCAUUUACAACAUUAACAAUGUCUACACUGUAUUUCUGAUAAAUGUGAUGUUAUUUUAAUGGACAAAAAAAUUGCUUUUCUUUCGAAAACAAGGACAUUUCUAAGUGACCCCAAUAUUUUGAACAGUAGUGUAUAUAUUUGUGUUACCUUUCCCUAGCAAGGAAUGCUCACCCUCAACACCAAAACUAUCUUAACUCAACUCAACUCGUUAGUGGGGCUGGAGAAUAUUCACUGUGGCCGGGAUUCAAUAACAUCACCCUUUGUAAGUGAUGCACCUUGUAAAGGCAGUGUUCCCACGUUGAUGGUAAACACUGCAUGUCGGCUCAUUCGGAAAUUCCCUUUAAAAAGGUGCAUAGCCAACAAAUCGCGAUCAGAUUGAAUCCUGGCCAAACAUCUUUGACCCCUUCCCAAAAUAUUGUUCUUCUUAGAGUUAUUAUCUUAUAAAUAACUAAUAAAAAAUAUACAACUAAUGACGAAGGAGAGUUGAUGAUCCAAAGAAAUGUGCUGGAGCAUGGUGCUUGCAACAUCAGGGAUGUGGCUUUGAUUCCUCUAAGGCUCAUACAGUGGGGAGAACAAGUAUUUGAUACACUGCCGAUGUUUAGAAAAUUCUUAAAAUAUUGUACAAAUUUCAAUUUGUAACAUGUAUGAAAUGGAUGAGACAUCCACAAAGUAAUACAUAUCAUACUAAAUGGAGUGUCUCGGAUUUACAUACAGAAUAAUACAAAAUGCUCUGAGACCACGUGCCAAACAGUACAUACAGUGGGGAGAACAAGUAUUUGAUACACUGCCGAUUUUGCAGGUUUUCCUACUUACAAAGCAUGUAGAGGUCUGUCAUUUUUAUCAUAGGUACACUUCAACUGUGAGAGACGGAAUCUAAAACAAAAAAUCCAGAAAAUCACAUUGUAUGAUUUUUAAGUAAUUAAUUUGCAUUUUAUUGCAUGACAUAAGUAUUUGAUCACCUACCAACCAGUAAGAAUUCCGGCUCUCACAGACCUGUUAGUUUUUCAAUCAAACAGACUCCAACCUCUCCACAAUGGCCAAGACCAGAGCGCUGUGUAAGGACAUCAGGGAUGAAAUUGUAGACCUGCACAAGGCUGGGAUGGGCUCCAGGACAAUAGGCAAGCAGCUUGGUGAGAAGGCAACAACUGUUGGCGCAAUUAUUAGAAAAUGGAAGAAGUUCAAGAUGACGUCAAUCACCCUAGGUCUGGGGCUCCAUGCAAGAUCUCACCUCGUGGGGCAUCAAUGAUCAUGAGGAAGGUGAGGGAUCAGCCCAGAACUACACGGCAGGACCUGGUCAAUGACCUGAAGAGAGCUGGGACCACAGUCUCAAAGAAAACCAUUAGUAACACACUACGCCGUCAUGGAUUAAAAUCCUGCAGCGCACGCAAGGUCCCCCUGCUCAAGCCAGCGCAUGUCCAGGCCCGUCUGAAGUUUGCCAAUGACCAUCUGGAUGAUCCAGAGGAGGAAUGGGAGAAGGUAAUGUGGUCUGAUGAGACAAAAAUAGAGCUUUUUGGUCUAAACUCCACUCGCUGUUUUUGGAGGAAGAAGAAGGAUGAGUACUACCCCAAGGACACCAUCCCAACCGUGAAGCAUGGAGGUGGAAACAUCAUUCUUUGGGGAUGCUUUUCUGCAAAGGGGACAGGACGACUGCACCGUAUUGAGGGGAGGAUGGAUGGGGCCAUGUAUUGCGAGAUCUUGGCCAACAACCUCCUUCCCUCAGUAAGAGCAUUGAAGAUGGGUCGUGGCUGGGUCUUCCAGCAUGACAACAACCUGAAACACACAACCAGGGCAACUAAGGAGUGGCUCCGUAAGAAGCAUCUCAAGGUCCUGGAGUGGCCUAGCCAGUCUCCAGACCUGAACCCAAUAGACAUUUUUGGAGGGAGCAGAAGGUCCGUAUUGCCCAGCGACAGCCCCGAAACCUGAAGGAUCUGGAGAAGGUCUGUAUGGAGGAAUGGGCCAAAAUCCCUGCUGCAGUGUGUGCAAACCUGGUCAAGACCUACAGGAAACAUAAGAUCUCUGUAAUUGCAAACAAAGGUUUCUGUACCAAAUAUUAAGUUCUGCUUUUCUGAUGUAUCAAAUACUUAUGUCAUGCAAUAAAAUGCAAAUGAAUUACUUAACAAUCAUACAAUGUGAUUUUCUGGAUUUUUGUUUUAGAUUCCGUCUCUCACAGUUGAAGUGUACCUAUGAUAAAAAUGACAGACCUCUACAUGCUUUGUAAGUAGGAAAACCUGCAAAAUCGGCAGUGUAUCAAAUACUUGUUCUCCCCACUGUAUGUACUGUGUGGCACGUGGUCUCAGAGCAUUUUGUAUUAUUCUGUAUGUAAAUCCGAGACACUCCAUUUAGUAUGAUAUGUAUUACUUUGUGGAUGUCUCAUCCAUUUCAUACAUGUUACAAAUUGAAAUUUGUACAAUAUGUUAAGAAUUUUCUAAACAUACGAAAAAAGAUUGCAGUCGGGGUACAGUAUAACUGCAGUAUGCUGCAUCCAAAAUACCACUGUCGACUGCAGUUACUGUAAGGGAUAUGUUACAAAUUCCAAUUGGUUGAGGCUUACAUUAGCUAGAUGGCUAACGCUAACUAACCUUAGCUAGGCUAGGGGUUAAGGUUAGGUAACAUGCUAAGUAUUGUAGUUGCAAAGUAGCAAAUAAAUAGCAAGUAGUUGCUAAUUAGCUAAAAUGCUGACGUUGUCCGUGAUGAGAUUCAAACACACAACCUUUGGGUGUCACGAUCGAGGUAAGGAGUAGACCAAGGCGCAGCGUGAUGAACAAACAUACUUUAAUUAGUUAAAGCAUCAAAAUACAAAACAAAACACGACUCGUGACGUCCACGGUAUCAAUGACCGAACACGGAACAAAAACCCACAACCACAAAGGGAAAACAUACAGUUAAAUAUGGCUCCCAAUCAGAGACAACCAGCCAACAGCUGACACUCGUUGCCUCUGAUUGGGAGUCACUCAGGCAAACAUAGAAUACAACAAACUAGAAUGAACACCAACACAGAAAUACACACAUAGAAAUGAACACACCCUGGCUCAACAUAAUGAGUCCCAGAGCCAGGGUGUGACAGUACCCCCCCCCUAAAGGCGCGGACUGCGACCGCGCCUCAACUAAACAAACCAGGGGAGGGCUGGGCGGGCAUACCUCCUCGGCGGCGGUUCUGGCUCCGGCCUUGACCACCACCCUCCAAUACACCCCCCAUAGUGCCCCUGGUCCAGUCUGGCCCCGCCGGCUGGAGCAGGACUGGACUUAACAGGAGCGAUCCUUACCAGGCUGUCGACUCGCACCCCUGGCUUGGUGCGUGGAGGAGGAACGGGCCUUACCAGGCUGACGACGCGCACCCCUGGCUUGGUGCGUGGAGGAGGAACGGGCCUUACCAGGCUGACGACUCGCACCCCUGGCUUGGUGCGUGGAGAAGGAACGGGCCUUACCAGGCUGACUUCUCGCACCCCUGGCUUAGUGCGAGUGGCAGGAACAGGCCGGACCGGGCUGGCGACGCGCACCGUAGGUUUGGUGCGAGUGGCAGGAACAGGCCGGGUCGGGCUGGCGACGCGCACCGUAGACUUGGUGCGGGUGGCAGGAACAGGCCGGACCGGGCUGGCGACGCGCACCGUAGGUUUGGUGCGAGUGGCAGGAACAGGCCGGGUUGGGCUGGCGACGCGCACCGUAGACUUGGUGCGGGUGGCAGGAACAGGCCGGGUCGGGCUGGCGACGCGCACCGUAGACUUGGUGCGGGUGGCAGGAACAGGCCGGACCGGGCUGGCGACGCGCACCGUAGGUUUGGUGCGAGUGGCAGGAACAGGCCGGGUCGGGCUGGCGACGCGCACCGUAGACUUGGUGCGGGUGGCAGGAACAGGCCGGACCGGGCUGGCGACGCGCACCGUAGGUUUGGUGCGAGUGGCAGGAACAGGCCGGGUCGGGCUGGCGACGCACACCGUAGGCUUGGUGCGUGGAGCAGGAACAGGCCGGGCUGGGCUGUCGACGCACACCGUAGGCUUGGUGCGUGGAGCAGGGACAGGCCGGACUGGGCUGGCGACGCCCACCGUAGGCUUGGUGCGUGGAGCAGAGACAGGCCGGGCUGGGCUGGCGACGCACACCGUAGGCUUGGUGCGUGGAGCAGGGACAGGCCGAACCGGGCUGUGGAGACGGAUAGGAGGCCUGGAGUGAAGAGCGGCCACCACCCGUCCUGGCUGAAUGCCUACCCUCACACACUCUGUGUGAGGCAUCCGCACAGGACGUACAGGGCGGUGAACCCCUGGCCUGGUGGCCUUCUGGAUCCGCCCCCUUUUCUCCUCCGUCAGCCCCGUCGUCCAUGCCGUGUGCCCCCCCCUAAAAAUUUUCUGGGGUUGCCUCACGACCGUCCGACGACGACCCUGAUCACGCCGUUGCUCCUCUCUCCGUCGCCUCUCCACUGUCUCACUCCAUGGCCGGCCAGGAUUUCCCCCCAAGUCCAGGACCCUUUACCGUCCAAUAUCUCCUCCCAUGUCCAGGCUGCCUGCUCCUGGACACGCUGCUCCUCUUUCGCCAGGGCCUUUCCCGGCGCUUCCUCCCAUGUCCACCCCAAGGGCUGCCCCUGGACACGCUGCUUGGUCGUUGCAUGGUGGGUUUUUCUGUCACGAUCGAGGUAAGGAGUAGACCAAGGCGCAGCGUGAUGAACAAACAUACUUUAAUUAGUUAAAGCAUCAAAAUACAAAACACGACUCGUGACGUCCACGGUAUCAAUGACCGAACACGGAACAAAAACCCACAACCACAAAGGGAAAACAUACAGUUAAAUAUGGCUCCCAAUCAGAGACAACCAGCCAACAGCUGACACUCGUUGCCUCUGAUUGGGAGUCACUCAGGCAAACAUAGAAUACAACAAACUAGAAUGAACACCAACACAGAAAUACACACAUAGAAAUGAACACACCCUGGCUCAACAUAAUGAGUCCCAGAGCCAGGGUGUGACAUUGGGUUGCUAGACGUUAUUGUUAUUUUUACCUUAAGUAACUUAUCUUAUGUAAAAGUAAUAUAUCAUACUAAUUUGGUGUCCCGGAUUUACGUUUGCUAUGUUACGUAUAGUCUAGGAGACCAGUUUGGGCACAAUGGAAGGUGAAGGAGCGGUAGUGCAACAUAAGUCAGACAGGGGUUUAAGCAAUAAAAGUGGUACUUUAUUUUUUUUGUAGUUAGUAAACCAAAGAGGUAUAAUAAAUAAAUAAUAAUACAUCUUUACAACAAAUCAGCUGUGCUGGGCUGCUGGUAAAAGUCCAGAGUUCAAUGACAGGAGAUUCAUUCUCAAGUUUUCCUCGCCACUCUCCAGUAGCCGUGGAUAGCCAGCCACCAUUAGUAGAGUAGAGGCCUGGGUAGUUUUACUUUAAUAAGAACUUAAACAAUUACAGGGAAUAAAUGAAAUGGGAAAACUACAACUCAACAGAAGAGAGCUACCCUCGCGCUUACCCCAGAUAGUCUUCUCCUACACAGGAGGAACUAACCUCGUAAGGCUGUUCACUUCUUUAUAGAGGCUGGUGGGUCACGAGUCUUCGAAAGAAAGCACACAGCAACAAAUUCACACCAGUAGCACCCACUGGUUCUUUCACUAGCAGUUCCCCCAGCAGUUUUACCUUUGCCUGAGCAUCCUUGAUUGCAGCUAGGUGGGGAAGGUGUGCAGCUGCUGUGAAUGAGAUUGUUAGUUCAACAGAAAACCACACCCCUGGAUACAACCCAAUUCUCUAAUAUAGUGGCUAAGGAAGAUGUGAGGGGCACUUCCCUAACCGUACACCACUUAAAAUGCCACAACAGAAUGGAGCUGUAAGACAGGGAUGACAGCUCCAAGCCACAGAUUCCUUCACAUUUUUUAUCGACUCCUCUGUAUUCUCUCUCAGAGCACCAUGUGAUGUCCAGCUUCAAGAGGAACCCUCUGGAGCAGGCUUUCAGAAGGCCCAAUGCCAACAUCACCUCCAACUACCUGAUGAACCAGUACUGGAUCCUGGUCAGCCACAAGUUCCCUGCCCUCAUCUACGACCUCUACCUGAGACUGUCUGGACAGAAGCCCCAGUAAGAUUACUAGCAUGUCCUGACAGUCAGAAUUGUCACUAGAUCAUCGUUCAGUCUAUCAAAAUGUAACUACAUACUUGUUUUCAACCCAAUCAACACAGUGUGUUGUAAACCUACAUAAAAUGAUCUGUAAGCAUAAAGAAAUAAGAAAUCACUGUUUGCUGCAUACAAGUGAUUAUUAAUUAAGUCUUUAGUGAAACGAACAUUACAAUUGUGUUAUACAUACAGUACAUUUGGACUGAGAUCCUCCAUACCUUUCUCUCUGUGUAGAAUGAUGCGUAUCUUCAACCGGCUGCACAAGGCCAUCGGCCUGCUGGAGUACUUCAGCAGUCAGGACUGGGAGUGGAACUCCGAGAACAUGAACAUGCUGAUGAGCCACCUCAGCCCUGAGGACAGGAAGGUGCAGUAGACUUACCAUUAUCUAUACACAUACAUAUGCCUCUGCAUGUUGGUGUAUAUUGUCAAUGGUAUGUUUUUCAUCUAGUAAUGCCACCAAUCCAUAAUUUUAGCUCAAACAAACAUCUCUAUUGAUUUCAACACUACAGGUCACGAAUACUUACAUCAUUCAAUUUCAGAAGGUUAAAUUAUAGAUAUCCCAAAGAAGUUUUCAUAAUUGCCUGAAUGUGACCAUAAUAGCCAUGUUGUCUUACUGCACAUCAGCAUCCUAACUCUCUCUCCCAGACAUUCAACUUUGACGUGCGUCAGCUGAACUGGCCAGAGUACAUAGAGAACUACUGCAUCGGCACCAAGAAGUACGUUCUGAAUGAAGACAUGUCAGACAUCCCUGCAGCCAGGCAACACCUCAGGAAGUGAGUCGACUACUUACAGGGCUGAUUGUGUUUUCACCUGCGCACAGUUAGCCCGAGUUAUUUUGAAGAAGGAUGUAAAUGACAGUAUGUAAAUGACAACUCCCUCCCUCUCUUAAUCUCCCAGGCUGAGGAACAUCCGCUACACAUUCAACACUCUACUGCUGGUGUUCAUCUGGAGGGUGUUCAUCGCCCGCUCCCAGAUGGCCAGGAACAUCUGGUACUUUGUGGUCAGCCUCUGCUUCAAGUUCCUCUCCUACUUCAGGGCCUCCAGCACACUCACCAACUGAUAACCAACUGACCGUUGACCAGCUGACCGCCUCCUCAACCAGACAACACCCCUCAGACCUCCAGCAGUACACAACCCCACUCCUCAACCAGACGACACCCCUCAGACCUCCAGCAGU